GGGUGAGCAAGGGAGCAUAAGGAAAGUGGGCAGAAGCUUCCAGAAUCCUCUGCCAAAGCAGUCACGUACCAUGCACUUCACCCCACAUGAACAGACUGCCAGCAUGUGAAGGGGUGAUCUGCCAGGUAAGGGCAGUGUCUGCACCCGGGUUUCUAUGGGGCCACCAUGGAGACUCCCAUGUGGUGUCAGCAGGACGCCCUCCUCCCAGUGCGCAUGUGCGUGUGUGUGUGUGUGUGUGUGUGUGUGUGUGUGUGUGUGUGUGUGUGUGUGCAGAUAGCAUGCACCACACUGAGCCGUCCAGAUGAGGGUGUGUUUGGACUUGCUUUUUGUGGUUUUUGACCGAGGGUCAUUAUGAAGCCCAGGCUGCUCUAGGAUUCUGCAGCAGGCCUGACACAGCCUCUGGGUGCUGGGAUGACAGGCAGUCUCCACCAAACCCCGCUAUCUUUGUUCUGAGCCCUUAAUGUGCUGUGGGUAAGAGGGAGCUGCCAGCUCAGAUAUCUCGGGCCACCAUCCCUAUGUGUGCCAUGGAGGGAUCCCAGCUCCCACCUCACAGGACAGUAGGGAGAGCCGGGAAGACAGGUGGAGUGGGGCUGGAAAGAGGAGGUGAACGAUGGCUACGAAGGCACGCUAAGCCUUCCUACAGGGGUGAAGAACACUUACUGCCCUUGCAGGGGUCCCUGGUUCUAUUUCCACCACCCACCCGGUGGCUCACCACCAUCCUUAAGUCCAGCCCCAGAGUACCGAUAAACCUGGCACACACUAGGCACACAUGUGCACAGACACACAUGCUAGCCAAACACCCGCACACAUAAAAAGUAACAUCCUGUACAUGUCAUAAUUGACAUCCCUGCAGUAUUUUUUUUUAAAUAUUUAUUAUGUAUAACUCUUCUUCCUGCAGGCCAGGAGAGGGCGCCAGAUCUCACUACAGAGGGUUGGGAGCCACCAUGGUUGCUGGGAGUUAAACUCAGGACCUCUGGAAGUGCUCUUAACCACUGAGCCAUCUCUCCAGCUCAACAUCCCUUUAGUAUUAUCUGGCCCUCAGAAGGAACUCUGCACAUCUGGUCCUGCCAGACAUGUGCGGUCUGGGUUCCACAUCAGCAUUCACAGAGCAGGGUUCACGGCCAAAGUUUGGUACCCAGAGUCUUCAGGGAAUAAUAAUAGUGUGUCUUUGAGCAGAGAGAGAUGCUUUUCAACGUAACAGGAGGAUAACAACAACAAAAAGAUCCCAAAUAAAAAUGGCAUUAAGGAGCAGAGCAUGGGAGCCAGGCUGGUCUUCCCCAGCACUGGAGAAGUUAGGACAGGAGGGAGAGGGGUGUGAGGCCAGUGUGGACUAUUUAUGGGGCUGGGGAAGGCUUUUUAAUUUUAUUUUUCUGUGUUUGUUUUGCCUGCAUGUAUGUCUGUGCACCACAUUCAUGCCUGGUGCCCAUGGAGGCCAGAAGAUGCAUCGAAUGAAUCCCUUGGAGCCAGAGUUACAAGUGAGCCACCAUGUGGAUCCUUGGAACCAAAUCCUGGUAUUCAAGCAAGGGCAGCCAGUGGUCCUAACUACUGAGGCGUCUCUCCAGGCCUUGGGCAGGUUUUUAACACAAUCACAGGCUUAAAAUAUCUUCCCCAAAGUCAAGUUUAGAGUAGGGUUUGUUUGUUUGUUGUUGCUGUUUUUAAGAUUUAUUUACUUAUUAUGUAUACAGUGUUCUGCCACAGUGUUCUGCCUACAGGCCAGAAGAGGGCACCAGAUCUCAUUACGGAUUGUUGUGAGCCACCAUGUGGUUGCUGGGAAUUGAACUCAGGACCUCUGGAAGAGCAGCCAGUGCUCUUAACCACUAAGGCAUCUCUCCAGCCCUAGAGUAUGUUUUAUCGCUCAGUCCCCGUGAGCAGGCACUACUUCCUGUGGCCCCCCUUGUGAGCUGCCCUGGGUAGCUGUCCUCUGUCUGCGUUUGCCUGCUCUGGCUGUCUGCCAGUGGUAAUGACACACACCCUUCUGUGCUGGCCGCUGUUGCUCAGCAACAGCUUCUGGUGUUUUGUUUUGUUGAGAUAGGGUCUCAUUGUGUAGCCCUAGCUAGCCUGUUCUCCAUAUGUAGACCAGGCUGGCCUUGGAUUAACUGAGGUCUACCCGCUUCUGCUUCCCAAGGGCUGCCAUUCAAGGCGAGAGCCAUCAUACCCAGCAGCAGUAAGUUAUUAGUUUAUACAAGUUAUAGCCUGCGGCAGAACUUCCCUCUUUCCAAUGUGUGGUGCCGUGUUUUGAGUGUGUCUUCCAAGGUUCCUGGGCUCGCAGCUCAAGCCCAAUGUAGUAGUAGAUCCUUUUUUUUUUUUUUAACUUAAAAGAUGUAUCUUUUUUUUCUGUGUGUGUAUGUGUUCAGAGGUCAGAGGACAACUUGUAGGAGUCACUGUGUGAUUCCUAGGGACCAAACUCAGGUCAUCAUGCUCGGCAGCAAAUGCAGUUACCGCGGAGCCAUCCUAUCCUCUGCCCACCCUCCCUCUUUUGAGAUAGGACACAGCCCAGACUGUAUCUAGCUUUCCUCCUGCCUCGGCCUCUCCAAGUGCUGGGAUGAGAGGUACGCCAUCAUUUCUUCUGCUUCAACCCUGACAUCCAGUACGGCACCUGCACAGAACUCAAGCCCAGCCAACGUUUGUGAAACGAAAGAAUGAACAAGGGAAGGAGUAGAGCAGAUGCCCUAGGCAGAGAGAAGUAUAAAAUGGCGCCUCUGCCCCUUCUUGUCUGCCCCCUGUCCCGAGUCUGUGGCCCAAAUGGAUGUGGUUUGGCCGCAGCUACCUACCCUGAGGAUUGUCCACUCCAGCUCACCCUAGGAGGUCAAGGAAAGAAGCUGACAGAGGGAGAGGGACCUCGGGGUCCCCGUUACCUUCUCCCUGUCUACACUGCUUUGGUGGCCACCACGGCCCCCUUCCUUCCUCUGGGAGCCGUGUGUCCGUUUGUGAACCACAGACAUGGCGGGCGGGCGGGGGAAUUCUACUUUAACUGCUGACAGGAAGAUGUUAUCCUGUGGAAGACCGCAGCCCAAGAGCUAAGCUGAAACAGCUCGUGUUCUCUGAGACUGAGCGCCGUGCACAUAAGAACCGCAAAGACCUGGCUGUCCAGAUGACACUACACUGGUCUAGUGCCUUCUGGACUCUUCUGUCCUUCGCCAUGGAAGCUGGGGACCAGGCCAGAGCAAGCAAGUGUGAGGAGGAUCAGAGAGGUCAAGGGAGUUGGCCCAGCCAGUGAAGUCAGAGCCUGUCUCACCUGGAGCCAAGUCAGAAGGCACCAAAUUAAGUCAUAAUAAUCACCCAGAUGAAGUGACUCAGCUGAGCCCCUGGGCCCUUUGCUUGAGUGGGUCUAUCAUGGGGCCAACCCUGGUCUCCUCUGUUUUCCUUUGUCAGCCCAAAGACUCCCAAGCCCACAGCACCCUGGGAAGAGCGGUGUGUGUGUGUGUGCGUGUGCGUGCGUGCGUGCGUGCGUGCGUGUGUGUGAAGGGCUCCCAGCUCCAUCCUAGAAGGUGUCAACUUCCCGAUGCCCUGGAGAGGAGGAAGUAAUAGCUUUGCCACCUGGUGUGGAGCCAAGAGAGGCCGAGGCAGCUGUUCACAGCCAACUCAGCUUUGCCUGUUGGGCACAGGGACACAUCACCCAGGACCCAGGGUAUGCACAGGAGUCCCCAUACAAUGUUUUUGUUCAUUUUAAAAUCAGAAGUCAGGCAUGGACUGGACCUACAGCUCAGUCAGCAAGGUGCUCGCCUGUGAUGAUGAAGCGCUGGGUCCCAUGGUCCCGCCCAUGAUCCCAGCACCCCAGAGGCGGAAGCAGCAAGAGCAGGGCUUCGCAGCAGCCUCAGCCUCAGUGUAGUGGGUUCCAGGCCAGCCAGGGCUCCAUGAGACCCUGUCUUAGAAAAACAAAGUAAAGUAAAUGGACAUUCUGGUUUUGUUUUCUUGCUUUGGUUUUGUUUGGAUUUUGAGUUCGAGGCUCCCUAUGUAUCCCAGGCUAACCUGGAACCCCAAAUCCUCCUGCCUCAGGCUUCUAAAUGCUGGGACUAUAAACCUGAGCCAUCACGCUUUUAUGUUGGUCUGGAGGCAACACAGAAUGUCAUUUCAAGAGUGUUUUUGCAAAGGAAGGCAAGACAGAGCUGUGUGUGCAGUCUGUCCUUCAAUGGCUCUCCAACCUCAGGGCCUUUGCACAUGCUGUUCUCUGUCUACACACUCUUCCUGCACCCCGUACCCACCGAGCAGUCUACUUGCCUGCCCCCUUUCACUUUCUGACUGCCACACCCCCAUUUCCUGACAGACGACUGCCUCGGGUCUGCAAUAAGGGCAGGAAACGCAGCUCCGUUGGCAGAGUGCAUGUCUAGCAAGCAUGGAGUUCUGGGUUCCAUCGCCAGGACUGCAUAAUCUUGGCAUGAUGGUACAGGCCUGCCAGCACUCAGGAGGUGGAGGCAGGAGGAUCGGGAGUUCAAGGGCACCUUCAGCUACACAGUAAAUUCCAGGCUAGCCUGGGCUACAUGAGACUGUGUCUCAAAAGGGAAGGAGGGGCUGCAGCUGUCUUUGGGGAUCCAUGGAGCUGGCAGCAAAUAGCUACUGAGCAAACACUUGGCAGGAGCCAGUAUCAGCUACAGAUACAAGCCCUGAGCUUGGUCCCGCCCUUGUUCACCUGCUGGAGGAAACAGGAACUGCCUGGGGCUGCCCGCCCUGCCCCUCUGACGUGCAGACCCUGAAGUGAAACUUAGGCUCCAGCGGCAGCUCAGGAGCCCUGCGGAACACGGCCCAGGCUCUCCAAGGGUCUCCCAGCAUCGUCCUGGUAGCUUUGAGCUCAUGGUAGACCUGCCGCAGCCUCCCAAGUGCAGGGAUUAUGGGUAUGUGGCAAUAGCCUGGGGUCCUGGCACAGUGUAACCUGGGUUAAAUAGAGCAGGCCUGUCAUCCCAGCACUUGGGACAGGGAGGUGAGACGAUCAGGAGUUCAGGGUUAUCCUUAGCUACACCAAGGCCAGCCUGGUCUACAUAAUUCUGUCUCAAAAAAUAAAAAUAAAACAGAAAAUAAAGAGGCCGCCUCUCACCUUUCCAUAUAUACAGGUGUGUAAGCAAUCUAUAGAAUAUAUAAUGUGUUGACUGUAUAGUACUUUGUCCCAGCCAUCCCCUUCCAAAGACGUCACCUAACCACAGAAGUUAAGGCCCCCGAGCAGUUAAGUUUAUGACUUCACACAGCAGCCAUGUAGGGUAGAAUUUGAACCCAGAUAAUCUGCCUCUAAUCCCAGAUGCUUUGAUGCCUGUGAUCCCAGGCCUCAUCCUGGGGAGACCCCAGCCUGGAAGAGACAGUUCACCUCCAUGGAACCCCUGCUGAGAGAGAGGGAACAGGAAAUGGAGGCAGAGACAGUGUGCAGCUCGGUUAUCAAGUGUUCAUUAAUGGAUUGGUUAAUGACUUUCCUCGGAGUGCCUUUGGGCCACACCUGAGGGAAUGAGUUUGUUGUCUGGGAAGAAAGGCAGCAGAGCCACCCUGUGUCAACUGGCCCCUCCCUGUGGGAGCAGCCCAUCAGCCAGGGCUGGAGGUGGGGACUGCACACACAGCUCAGGUCUCGGGACUGAAAGAAGAGUGAUUGAGGCCCCGGGGCAGAGUUUCUUGCUGGUUUUCCUUCAGGUUAACACUUAAGACCGUUUUGCCUUUCAGGACCAUGUCCUUUAUGUCCUCAGCCCACAAAGCCCUGCGGUACCCUGAGUGUAAAUCAACCAACAUGAGUGUGAAUUAACAGCACACAGGAGGAGCUGUCUGUCACCUAAGGAGGGAGAGGUGACCGCCUUCCUUGGAUGCCAUGGCAGAAGCCUGGAAGCUGCCCCCACCACUGCCCCCUCGGCUGGACUGGUUUGUGCACACCCAAGCAGACCCACUGGUCCAAUACGGGAUCCCGGAGUGGUUCCACGGCACCAUCUCUCGAGAAGCUGCUGAGAACCUGCUGGAGUCACAACCCCUGGGGUCCUUUCUCAUCCGAGUCAGCCACAGCCAUGUGGGCUACACCCUUUCCUACAAAGCCCAGACCUGCUGCCGUCACUUCAUGGUGAAGCUCUCGGACGACGGGACUUUCAUCCUUCCUGGGGACCACGUAACGCACGCCUCUCUGGACGCCCUGGUCACUUUCCACCAGCAGAAACCCAUUCGGCCAUACGGGGAGCUGCUGACGCAAGCCUGCGGGCAGAAGGAUCCAGCAAACGUGGACUACGAAGAUCUCUUCCUGUACUCGAAUGCCCUGGCUCAGGAUGCUGAAAGCCGAGGUGGUGGCCCCACGGAUGUUCAGAGGCCUUCUUCCUGCCCUCCCAAAGAGGCUCCUGAAAGGAAGCUUUCUGCAGCAACGGAUGGAAAGCUUGCAUCUGCCCCCUGCUCCCCAAAAGCACUUUUUGGGGAGGCGGGGCAGAGGCUGUGGAAGAACCUGAGGACGCUGCCAGACACCAGCCGGAGGGUAAAGCAGAGGCUCACUUCGCACCUGUCAGCCACGAACCUCCUCGGGGACGUGAGGCGUGUGGCACAGCAUCGCAGCCCAAGGACUCGAGCGUCCAGCUGGGACAGCGCUCGCCACUCCGCGGACCCCUGUGCAGCCACCUCUCUCCAAAACCCCUCAGAGCCCCAGGCCUGGAGAGGCGAAGAAGCCACCCUCACAGCCUCUAGGCCUGCCAGCUGGAAGGAGGCGGUCUCAGGGGUCAAGGCCUGGCGUGAAAAGGUGGUGAGGGCCCUGUCGGUCCAGGCAACCAAGCCAGAGCCUGUAGACUUGCCAGAAGCCCAGGACUGGCUACCCGAGGAAUACCUCCCACCACCACCUUUCGCCCCUGGGUACUGACAGCGCCCCCCACCCCCACCCCACUAUCUUGGGUACCGGCCUCUUCUUUCCAGUCCCCACCCAUGUCCUCACAACCAGAGAGCUGUGUUAAAGAGGUUACGGGCUGAAUUCUGCAGCUGCCAGCAGAGGGACCUGAUUAUUCUAAUAAUAACAGGAGUACCUCUUUAGGGACUCAGGUGAGAUAAAGGCGUUUGCAGGCAAGCGUGAGUACCUGAGUUCGAUCCCUGGUACUCACAUGAUGGAGGGUGAGCCCCAACUCCUGAAAGUUGCCCUCCGACCUCCACAUACAUGUGUUGAUAUACACAUGUAGUAAAUAUAACUUUAAAAAUAAUUACCACAGUGACUUGGUGGGCACAGCACAUGCCAGGCCUGUAUCCCAACCUCUCUGAUCAUGGGUUAGCCAUCUGUAUCAUGGGCUCCACAUUUCACAUUCAACCACAUUAGCCUACGGAGUGAAUUCCAGACCAGUGUUAAAAAAAAAAAAUCAGAGCAGGCAAGAUGGCUCCAGUUAAGGUACUUGCAGCUAAGCCUGGGGAUCUGGGCUUGAGCCCCAGGACCCAUGGUGGAAGGAGAGAUCCCAUUCCUAUGAGCUGUACUCUGACCUCUACACAUGUGCCCCGUCCGUGCCAACAAAUAAUAUUAUAAAAAAAUUGAAAGGCAACGUGGACAGCCUUUGAGGAACAACAGUCAAAGUUGUCCUCUGGCAUCUGCCUGCAAGAGAACACACAUGAGCACAUGCAUCCCUCCUCCCCACAAAACACAAAGGCAUCUGUCCAGGGUGGCCGUUGGUAGUGGCCUCUGAAAGCAUUCCUACAUUAAAGUGCUGUGUGAUCUUCGAUGAA